GCCCUAUCCAACCUCCCACCAAAUCGCCUCGAAAUCUGCCACGAUGGAUGAGGAAACCAUUGACCAGCAGCCACCGACGGGGACAAAACGCGACCGAGACUCCGAUACUCCUUCUCCCGAUACGAAGACGAAAAAUCCUUCUCUGCCGAAACGAGUCAAGACAGGAGAUAACGAUGACAAAGAGAUUGAGAUUGAUGGUCAUCAGGAUCAAGAACAAGAGCAACGAUUAAACCAAGAAGACAAUGACAUCGACAAAAGCGACGCCGAUCCCAAUCCCGAUGCCGAUGCCGAAAAAGACAGCCUCUUCGGCUCUGACAUUUCAGCAACGCAAGAAUGCUAUAUCUGUCUUGAAGGGUUUCGCGAGGGGAGAGGCGAGGCGAGGGUCGUGCAGCCUUGUGGACAUCUUUUGGAUGUGGAGUGUUUGGUUCAUUGGUUCGGGUUCCUGCAGAGCGAUUUGAAAGUGGAGGUUCGCUGUCCGGGCUGCUGCAUGUGUCACAAGAUGUGUGGAAGGGAGGAGAAAUUGAACGAGGGUGCGAAGAACGAGGAACGAAAGCCCUUGUCGUUGAUCAUGGGUUCGCAUUCGGGUUCGAGUUAGGGAGGUAGGAAUGACUACAGUAAGCGGACAGAAAGGGGGCUUUUUAAUACCACGAUCUUACUGUCUGCCUGCCAAACAUCGUGAUCAGUGUUUCCUUUCUUAACUCCGC